AUGGCGGGCCCAGCCCAGAGCGCCAAAGCGGCGAUUGCCCCGAGCCCUCAGGACAGCGGCACCGGGCUCCGUGCUGGCCGUGGGGAAGGCUCCGUCAACGAGGGCACGGCUGGGACCCUCUCGCCUGGGACCCUCUGGCCUGGGAUCCUCUCGGCUGGGAUCCUCUCGGCUGGGACCCUCUCGGCUGGGAUCCUCUCGGCUGGGAUCCUCUCGGCUGGGAUCCUCUCGGCUGAGAUUGUCUCGGCUGAGAUUCUCUCCUCUGGGAUCCUCUCGCCUGGGACCCUCUCGGAUGGGACCCUCUCGCCUGACAUUCUCUCGCCUGGGACCCUCUCGCCUGGGAUCCUCUCGGCUGGGAUCCUCUGGCCUGGGACCCUCUCGGCUGACAUUCUCUCGGCUGAGAUUCUCUCCCCUGGGAUCCUCUCGCCUGGGACCCUCUCGACUGGGACCCUCUGGGAUCCUCUCGCCUGGGACCUUCUCGCCUGGGACCCUCUCUCUUUUUCUGGGCUGCUGCUGCUCCUGCUGCAGCUCCUGGCGCUGCCCGCCGGCCGCGGCAACCGCACCGGUCCCGACUCCCUUUAUGUCUCUGAGUACUUCUCUCAGAGUGCACAGAAGCUGUCCUUCUACAGCUGGUAUGGAAAUGCCAAGCUCUUCCACUUCCACGUGCCAGAAGACACUGUGCUGCUACGCUGGCUCCUGCAAGCAUCCCGGGGGAAAGGCCCUGAGUGCACCAGUAUGGAGAUCACUGUGCACUUUCGCCAUGGUGCCCCUCCUGUCAUUAACCCGCUGGGCACUCGCUUUCCUGCCAAUGCCACCGUCCGUCCCUCCUACAACAUCAGCAUCACCCUGAGCAGUGCUGUGCAAAACACCACCUUUGUGAAYGUCACCACCCCUGCUGCUGGGGACUGGUUCAUUGCUGCCCACCUGCCCGAGGCUGCAGGCAGGAUUGAGGUGAAGGGUUUCUCCACUCCAUGCCCCUAUAUGUUCCAGGCAGAUAUGUUUGUGCUCAGACUCACUGAUAUGCCUGUUCUGGAGCCUGGUGUCCCCAUGCCACACACCGUUGUCUCGCCUGCUAAGCCACUGCAUGUCAAGGUCUUCGUUCCCAAACACGCCGCAGGGAUGCGGUUCCAGCUGAGCAGCUGCRUCACCAGCGAGCAGAGAGCCUGCGCCGUGCGGGUGCUGCUGGGCUCCAUCACCCUGCCCCAGUCCUUCCAGAAGAUCCUCACCUGCACGGGGAGCAUCAACUGCAGCCUAGCCCUGGAGUCACCCCCCUGGGAGAAGUGGCUGCAGAUCAUGGUGGAGAGUCUCRGCACUGGCAAUGCCAGCGUGAAGGUGGAGAUGCUGGCUUCUUUCACAGUUUGCAGACCAGGAAGCACCAGUUCCUUCCUUAACUUCAUCAGCCUAAACCAGAGCCAGGCUGUUGCCAGACCAGGAGCAGCAGGGAGCUCUGCUCCAGCUGCUGGACAGGCUCCACACAACUCAUCCAGCCAGCGGGGCUCCUGCCUGCAGAGCCAGCCCGUCGUGAGGGAGGACCUGGACGUGGUGUCUGUGCGCUACCGGCUCUUGAACGGUCCCAGUGUGCCCGUGAACACCCGCUCCCCCACYCUCCUCCUGCUCAACCUGAACACAGGCAUGGACAGCGGGGGKUCCCUCGUGGUCAAUCUGCUGCUUAACAAGACAUCUGUGAGCCUGUCAAAUGCCACUGUGGUAGCCUGUGUGAGUGCCGCUUCACCAGUGCUGUCCCUCAACGCCACACGGAACUGCAGCACAGCUUUUUCCCAGGGCUACCCUCUGAGUGUGAGCACCUCCUCUGCAGAAGCAAUGCUGAUUGUCCUGUACCCACAGACAGAUGACUGGUUCCUGUCCCUGCAGCUCCUCUGCCCCAAGGGCCAGGGGGAAUGUACCACUGCAGAAGCCAAAGUGACGGUGUUCUYGUACCUCACCCCCUGCUUCAAUGACUGUGGGCCCUACGGGCAGUGCAGCCUCCUGCGGAGACAUGGCUACCUCUAUGCUGGCUGCAGCUGCAAGGCUGGUUGGGGUGGCUGGAGCUGCACAGAUGACACCAAGGCCCAGUCCGUGGGUGCACAGAACUUGGCCACGCUUCUGCUCACCCUGAGCAACCUCAUGUUCCUGCCCGCCAUUGCAGUCGCUGUCUAUCGCUACUACCUGGUGGAGGCCUCUGUCUACACCUACACCAUGUUCUUCUCCACGUUCUACCACGCGUGCGACCAGCCGGGCGUGGCGGUGAUGUGCAUCAUGGACUACGACACCCUGCAGUACUGCGACUUCCUGGGCUCCGUGGUGUCCAUCUGGGUCACCAUCCUGUGCAUGGCUCGYGUGAAGAAAAUCCUGAAAUACGUCCUUUUCAUCCUGGGGACCCUGUUAAUUGCCAUGUCCCUGCAGCUGGACCGCAGAGGGGUGUGGAACAUGAUGGGUCCCUGCCUCUUCGCCCUCGUCAUCAUGGUUACAGCUUGGGUUCACCACGGAGCGAAGCGCAAGCACUGCUACCCCUCCUCGUGGAAGCGCUGGGUUUUCUACCUCCUCCCAGGGAUCACCUUGGCUUUCAUUGCCAUCUCAGUGUACGCUUUCAUGGAAACCAAUGAGAACUAUUACUACACCCACAGCAUCUGGCACGUGCUGGUGGCUUGCAGCGUCGCUUUUUUGCUCCCUCCUCGGGACAAGCAUAAGAAGCCCUGGGCCUGGUCCCAGAAGCUCACGUGUCGCUAUCAGAUCUGCCAGAAUGACCGUGAGGAGCUCUAUGCUGUGACCUGAUGGGUCCAGCUCACAGGGGUGGAGGGACAGGGAAGCUGUUCUUGGCCAGGGCUGCCCCUCACAUGUUGUCAGUCCUCUCGUGCUCAUUCUCUGGACAGGAGGGCUCAGUGUGGACCGUGUUUAAAGAUUACGAUGCUCUGGGCUGGUCUUGUGGAGGCAAGUUUGAGGCCACCUCUGCUUUUCAGCUGGGGUGGGGCAGGCUCUUCAUGGUUCCAGAUCAAGGAAUAGCCUGUCCCCCACUUCCCCAUAGCCCUGGGGGAAAUCGCCGACCCUUCUUCCCCCGCUGCUGCAUCCAUGAGGCUUGGGCUUAGCCCACAUUGAGCUGGAGCCAAGGCUUUGGCUGCUAGGCUCUUCUCUGCACCCUCUGUCCUGACAGAGGAUGUGGGACAGGGAGCUCCCCUGCAAUUCUGCAGUCAGAACUUGAGCCCAAGAGAAGAACAUAUUUCUUCUUUUCUAAGGGGCAAAUGCUGCCAAGUGCCCUUGGUGCUGAUGGGGAGGGAGGGAGCUGAUCCCAGCAUGUGCUGGGGCCUUGGCUGCCAUCUCCUUGGGGCUCUGGAGCCUCUCUCCCUGUGAAACAGGUGCUGCUGUUCUUACCUGGUCCUGAUUCUGUGGGAGAAGAAUAAGGCUGGGACUUGGGCCUUGGAUUCAGGAUCAGACUUGGCAGGAAUGUAAAAAGCCCCAUGUGAGGUCAUGCAGGAGGAGCAGCAGCAUCUUGGCCAGAGCCGUGAAACCCACAGCARUGCAGGGUUUAGUUUGAGUUUAACUUCAGCUCUGGAAGGAACCAGGCUGAUGGUGUUCAGGGAUUCACUGUUUUCCUCCUUUUUGGGUGUUUGGCAUGGGCAGCACAGGUGGUUUGGGAUGGUGCCUGAGCUGCUCCUCCAGCCUGCUGUGCCUCRGAGCCUGGAUGUGCUGCAGGGUCCCGAGGGCACAGCAGUGUCCCAGCCUGGGCAGGAGCAUCGCCAGGGACUCCCCUGGUGGCCACAGUCUCCUUUGCAGCGUGUCUCACCUUAGCCUUACUCUAGGACACGCAGAAAGCAAGGGCAGAACUUGGCAGCCAGGGAAGUUGUCUUUGCCCAUCYUUAUUCUACAGAUAAGGGCUCAACUACAUCGUUCCAGCUGUGUCACUAUGGUGUGUGCUGCUGGGAGCCCCUCCUCAGGUGGCUUUGGGGAGGAAAGAGCUUUUAUUGAAGGAUUUCCCUCCUCGGGGUUAUUUCUUUGCUCUGAAGAGGGCCCAGCUCAGCUCUGCACUUUAUCCCUCUGCCUCCCCUUCCUCUGCAAAGUCAUCCUUUUUUAAGCAGGUGCAGGACAAGUGAAGGACACUUGUCCACACCCAGCAUUGUCACCCCCCUCACCCAUGUCCCCCACACUUCCUUGUGUUGCUGCCAUCCAGUGCGGCAUGGCAGGAAGAGGGACAUGGGGCCCUCAGGGCUUCCUCCAACUUUUCCCAUUUUCAGGCACUUUUUUCCCCUGUCUCAGUUUGCACAGCGGUGCUGUGGCCCCAGCACCGUGGCAGGCGACCGCCGCUCCUUCACAGCCGUGCCGUCCGUGCCGGGCCACUGCCAGUGGGACCUGGGUGCUGCCAGUGGGACC